AUGGGAUUCGGGCCGAACAGGCCGCGGUCGAAAGGCGGGAAGAAGGAUGCGGGAGGAGGAGGAGGCAGAGGGCUGCCGUACCGUCGGGGCGAGACGCUGGGGAAGCAGAUGAGGCGCGGACCUGGACGGAAGAAGGGCGGCGCGCCCGGCGGCGGUCCUAGACGCGCGACAGAGGGGAAGGAUGGUCGAGCUGAGAUGAGCGAUGUGGAGGAGUGGGGAGGGCUGGACGAGACUGAGCGGGUAGAGGAGGAGACGGAAGAGUCGGAGGAGGAGGUAGCACCCGUACCAGAACCUCCGGCGAAGGGCAAGGCGACGAGGAAGCCCACUGGAGGGACGGGCAAGAAGGUCAAGACCUUUGUCGAGGCAAAGAGCGACCUGCUGUCCCUCGCGGCGUCCAUCUCGGGCGAGCAGGCGGCAAAGAGCCAGGCGAAGCUCGAGCGAGCGAAGAACCGCCCUGCGCCGCAGCCGAAGGAGACGAAGAAGCACGUGAACGAGGCAAAGGAGAAGCAGCUGGCUGCAGCACGAGCGGUCGUUGCGGCACGAACAAAGGCGAAAAAGGACAAGAAGCGAGAAGCAGAGGCGCCGAAACCCGCUGCUCCCGUCUCAGAGGGCAAGAAGGGCGUCCGGUUCGCCUAA